AUGUUGCGAAUCCUGGAGAGGGUUGUUGAGGCUAAUGCUGGAUUUGGAGGUCGUGGGUCAGUUACGGAACGACUCCGGUUGAAUGGGGCUAAGAUAUUUAGGGGCAUUACUAGAGUUGCUACGAGUGUGGCCGAGUAUUGGAUGGAGGCCACAGAGCGCAUAAUGGAUGAUUUGGAUUUUACUGAUGAGCAGAAGCUCAAUGGAGCUAUGUCUCUGCUUCGCGAUGAGAGCAAGUAUGUGGAGGCUAGUUAUAUCAAUACUAGGAGGCGUGAGUUCCCGAAUCUUACUCAGGGAGAUCAUUCGGUGGUCGAGUAUGAGGCCGACUUUCUGAGGCUGAGCCAUUAUGUACGAGACACGGUGGUGACUGAGUAUGAGCGCUGUGUUCGUUUUGAGAACAGCCUUAAGGAUAAUUUGAGGGUCCUAAUAGCUCCGCAGAGGGAGCGUGAGUUUGCCGUGUUGGUCGAGAAGGCCAAGAUUACGGAGGAGGUCAAGCUCGCUGAGAGCCAAAACCGUGAGAAAAGAAAGGUUAAGAGGGAUUCUGGGUCUUCUGGUACUGGGAUGAGGCCUAGUAAAAAGGCCAGAUCUGAUGGGCCCGUGAGAGUUGGGCCUAUUGUUGCACCUGCUGUGGUGGCGAUUUGUCAGCUUUGCAAUAGACGCCAUCCAGGCGAGUGUUGGAGGUCUACUGGAGCUUGUUUAAGGUAUGGGUCGACUGAGCAUCAAGUUAAAGAUUGUCUACUGAGGUGUAACCAGAUGCAAGCUCCGGCUACUGAGACUGCAUAG